CCCUGUGUGGAGAAGGGAGCCUCCAAAUAGGUCGCUCCGGGUGGAAGGGGCGUGAGGUGCUCAGCAGCGCUGUCCCUCAGGCCAGGCCGGGGAAGGAUGGCGGCGGCUAUGGCAGCGACAGAAUUGUACUGUGUGGCCGAGGAGCGAAGUGGACACUGCGCUGUAGUGGACGGGAACUUCCUCUACGUCUGGGGGGGAUAUGUGUCUAUUGAAGACAAUGAAGUGUAUUUGCCUAAUGAUGAAAUUUGGAUCUAUGAAAUUGACAAUGGUUUGUGGACAAUGCACCUCAUGGAAGGAGAACUCCCUACAUCCAUGUCAGGAAGUUGUGGUGCUUGCAUUAAUGGAAAAUUGUACAUUUUUGGAGGAUAUGAUGACAAAGGAUACAGCAAUCGACUCUAUUUUGUUAAUUUACGAACAAGAGAUGGAACAUUCCAGUGGGAAAAAAUCAUCGACUUUAAAGGACAGCCCCCUACACCACGAGACAAACUUUCUUGCUGGGUAUAUAAAGACAGGUUAAUAUAUUUUGGUGGUUAUGGAUGUAGGAAACACAAUGAACUCCAAGACUGUUUUGAUGUUCAUGAUGCAUCUUGGGAAGGACAGAUAUUCUGGGGUUGGCAUAACGAUGUUCAUGUUUUUGAUACAAAUACACAGACUUGGUUUCAACCACAAAUUAAAAAUGGAAUUCCACCACAGCCUCGAGCAGCUCAUACAUGCGCAGUACUUGGAAAUAAGGGCUAUAUUUUUGGAGGACGAGUAUUGCAAACUAGGAUGAAUGAUUUGCACUGUCUGAACUUAGAUACUUGGACUUGGUCUGGAAGAAUUCAUACUAAUGGAGAAAAACCAAAACAUCGGUCUUGGCAUACUUUGACACCAAUUGCUGAUGAUCAGCUUUUUCUGUUUGGUGGAUUAAGUGCAGAGAAUAUUCCUCUAAGUGAUGGAUGGAUUCACAAUGUGAUAACAAAUGGUUGGAGACAGCUUACACAUUUACCUAAGACAAGACCCAGGUUAUGGCAUACUGCCUGUCUGGGAAAAGAAAAUGAAGUAAUGGUAUUUGGUGGGAGCAAAGAUGAUUUACUUUUUUUGGAUACAGGUCACUGUAAUGAUUUAUUGAUCUUUCAAACUCAGCCUUACUCACUUCUCAGGUUAUGUCUCGACUGCAUUGGUAAAAAUGCUGUCACCUUAGAAAGUCAGAUAACUUUAUUACCUCCAAAGCUUCUUCAGCAAGUCCUCAAAAAAAUAACAUUUUGGACUGCAGCUAAUCAUCGACAAGAACAAAGAGCCAAAAAUGAAGAAACAGAUAAAUAUCUUUGAAUUAAUAUUGUUAUAUACCAUAUAUAUUCAUUAUGUUUAACAUUUUGGAAAAGACUGCUAUUAAUAGAGUUUUAAUUCUGGUCUUCCCCCCAAAAAAUAGUAUUUGGCAGCAAAAAAGCUACUUUUGGAGGGAUACUAUAACAAUGAUGGAUGUUAGAUGCAAGAAUGGCACAAUAAUUUAAAAUUUUAAGAACAGGUCACCUUUCAAAUAAGUUAUGGUAAAGUUAUUCCUCUGGAAAAUUAGUAACUAACAGAUAAUAAAAAUUCAUCUCAUUGUUCAUUCUUCAUUGAAAAUACUAUUCAGAAUAUUCAGGAAAAUGAUAGAUUAGUCUAAGGACUUCAGGAAUCCAAAGAAAUACAUUUGUUACUGAUUUUUGGAGAGAAUAAAUUCUCUGAAGUAAUUCAACAAAAAUCUUAAAUUUCUCAUAAAUUAAUUAAUAUUGCUUAUGUUAGUCAUGAAAAAAUAUAAAUAUUUGGAUGAGUGAUAUCAAACUUUGAACUGUCAUGCUUUUUUACAUACUUAAGUUUCUGAGACAUCUUUAUUACCUCAACCAGCUGAGGAGUAAAGUUAGCUACAAUGGAUGGUAUCCAAAGUCCAGUUAAUUUUGUGAAUAUCAACAACAUGGUAACAUAGGUGAUGUAGCAAUUAGUUGAGUAGUGUGGGUUCAUUAAGAAGUAGGUUAUAUAGUAACCUACAGUUCUGUAAAAAUAUAAUUUGCCUCAUAAGAAUGGUUCCUGUAAAAUUUUAAUGUUGAAUGAGAGGUAAUAACUCAAUAACUACUCAUAAUAAGACCCUCUCCUUAAUUUCUUCUAAAAUAUAGAGGUAAUGCUCAGGAUAUUUGGGUGAUGAGCAUAUAGUAUCAUCACUUUAAUCUCUGAUAUUGCUACAUAUGUGAAAAUGGCAGACUAGAUUAAUAUCAAUUAGUCCUUUAAACUAUGCUAAAGAAUAUCUUCUUAGCGUGACCAUAGUCUUCCAUUUUGUCUCUCAUACUCUUGAUCUUUAUUCUAGAAUUGAAAUUAACUAUUUUUGAAAUGUAUUAGCAUAAAAACAUUUCUAUAUUGAAAUAUAAUUAGCAAUGCAAAUUGUAAUAUAGUUUGUUGUAUCUCUAAUCACUGAAAGUUUUUAGAGAUAUGUUUUAGAUAUAAGUGUAUUUGGAUGUGUAAAAUUUAUAUUUUCUGCAUUGAAAUAUUUUGUCUAAAUUUAUUUAUUGUAUAAAAUAUAGAAAAUGACUAUUUUUCUAUUUUGAUCAGUAUUAACAGUCAUUAGUGUUAAUUAAGCAAAGAAUUUUUGAUUACUAAUAUUUCAUUAGGUUUGUCUUUAUAUAUAAUCUGAAUAGCAGAUUUUGGAUACAGGAUCUUUACAAAUGUUUUAUGUCUUAGAGAAAGUUUUUAUGGCUAUGUAAUAUAGUUGGGCCAUAUUUUCAUAUUGAAUUUGACUAAGAAAACAUUUAAUAGAAAUGAAAUUAGUGUUUAAGGGGUUAGGAGUGGGAACCAAAGGUAUGGCCCCAGCUUUAAUGAAAUCUCUUAAAAGCAUCUGAUUAUAUGUAUUCUUUAGAAAGUGCUGGAUUUCUAAUUGCUGUUUCUUUGGCUUUAAAAGGUCUUCUUUCAUUCAUUUUAGUAUAUAGUACCUGUUUUCAAAAUAAGCAUUUUAAUUUGUACAGGAGAAACUGUUACUUAAGAUGUUUAUUUCAGGUUUUUUUAAAAAUUUAAAAUGUAGUCCCUUUUCUAAAUAGUGCAUGUACUAUAUAGUAGAAAGGUCAGACUAAUGCUAUUUUAAGUUGACAACUUGAGACACAACAUUGCUUGAUAAAGGAGUUUUGUCUUGCAAGGUAAAAGUGCCUCGUUGAUUAGAAAUUUUCUCUCCAUUCUACGCUUUCACUGCCCAAACAGUCAGGAUUUUCUUAAUGUUAGUAGCCCUGUAGGAACUCCAGAAACCUGCAAAGCCAGUUCUAAGUUCUGUUUUUGAAGAAGCCAGUUCUACUAGACCUAAUUUCACCCUCCACUUCUUUGGCCAAAAUGGAUUCAGAAAAUUAGAAGGUGACCCAUUGUGAGCACUGAUGGUUCCCACAAGGCUAUGAAUAAAUAAGGUACCCAUAACCUGACUCAUAGAGAACAGGGUAUCCCAUAGGCUAUCCUGUCCUCAAAAACCAUGUCUUCCUGAUACUGUACAUUUAGAAUAUGGUAUAGUGGUCAUAUUCGAAAGUCAUUAACACAUUUAGAUGUUCAUAUUAGUCAGUUAGUAUUAAUUUUCAAGCUUUGUUUCCAUGACAAGCAUACUCUAAUAGGAAUCUCAUAGGUACUACCUAAACCUUAAUAUUGUAGUACUUGCUUCCUUUUUCCCUUGUUCUCUAUGCCUACUUCUCAUACCCCCCUCAAAAGACUUGUAUGAAAUGAUUUAAAGCAAAUUUAUAGGAAUAGUGAUGUCAUAGCAUGUUCAUGCAGUCCUAUCACAUGAAGAAGUUGGAUUAAAAAUAUUUUUGGUAAGGGAUAAAAGAGGGAGAGACAUGCUUCUCCAUUUUUAAAAAUGUUUUCCAAUUUAUCUACAUGUUGUUUUGUUAUUUUGGAAUUUCCAGUUUGUUAGGAUUUUCUUGACAUUCAAGUAACACUCCAAAGGUAUUAUAUUCUGAAUCCUCUACACUAAGAAGUUUAGCAGGAUGAUCACUGAUAUUCUAGAUUAUUUGUUUCAGUAAAAAAUCUGUAUUUUUAUCCUCCCAUUGAAAUAAUCUUAGCCAAAGAAACAGUAUUAAUGCACAAGCAUAGAAAAGAGUUAGAAUUUUUGAUGGCUUUUUGGUAAUUUUUCUGUUAAGACAAUAAGUGGGAGAAAGUGACAUGUGUAAAAAGAAAUUAAUUAAUGACAAAGGAAAAAACAUAAGAAUUUUUGGAAUCUGCUAUGUCAGAAAAAAGAAAACUCAAAAUGACCUUAACCCCAACAUACAAAGAAACUUAAAAUAAGUUUUUUAUCUUAUGCCAGCCAUUAUCAGAGAUGCCUUCAGUACAAUGUUUGUUUAAUAAAUGUGUUUGGAAAAUCUGUAAUUUCUUUGUUAUUAAUUAUAAAUGAAAUAAAAUAAUUUGCUUUGUUUAUAGUAACUAA